AUGCACGCCACCCCGCUCACCUUCCGCAUCGCCGCCCCCUCGGACCCGGACGUGUCCAACGUGCUCGCGCUCGUCCGCAGCGCCUACCGCGGCGACGCCUCACGCGCCGGCUGGACGACCGAGGCCGACCUCCUCGCCGACGAGCGCAUCGACCACGCCGGUGUGCUCGCCAAGAUCGCCGACCCCAACGGCGUCAUCCUCAUGGCGCACGACGAGACGGGCGCCCUCGCCUCGUGCUGCGAGCUCCUCAAGCGACCGGACGGCAAGCUCGCCUACUUUGGCCUCUUUGCCGUGGAUCCCACGCGCCAGGCCGGCGGCAUCGGGCGGCAGGUGCUCGCCGAGGCGGAGCGCUACGCGAAGCAGGUGUUUGGCGUCGAGAGGAUGGAAAUGUCGGUCAUCUGGACGCGCGACGAGCUCAUUGCCUGGUACGUGCGGCGGGGGUACACCAAGACGGAGGAGACGCGGCCGUUUCCCUACGAGCAUCUGGUGAAUGGCAAGGCGCUGCGUGAUGAUUUGUACUUUAGCAUGCUGGUCAAGGACCUAUAG